AUGGUGCCGUGGGUCUCUGCCAUUCUUCUGGGAGCACUCUCCAGCAGAGUGUGGGCCAACAGUCAGGGCCCCGGUGUGGACUGGCUAGGCAUCAACGGUGGCUACAAGGCAAACUAUAAUGACAGCCUUGGGCGACUCUGGUACCACUCCGAAACACCCUACAGUACCUACACCUGGGGUGGUUACGUGGGCUCCAAGCCCCGGGAUUGGUAUCGAGCCAAUUGGAUCGCUGGGGAUGAUAACGAGACCUUGGGCAAGCACACCUGCCGAAACUGGCCACUCGAGUAUGACCAGGAUUACGAUGCGCUCUUGCACCACUACAGCCGUGAAGCCGGCUGGCCAAAUCAGACCUUCCGCGUGAACCUCCAAGCGCCCGAUGCCCCUGUGAGCUACUACACGGUGAAGUACCUCUUCUGUGAAACAAAAGACAGAGGAGGGAAGAAGUGGGACAUUCUGAUCAAUGGCAAGAAAGUGAAGGAGGACUAUGUUGGUAAGUGGGCCCAUCACCACACAGACAUCUACCACUUCAUGUGCGUUCCCACGAACGCUGGCAUGAUUGAGAUCUCGUUGGUUGCCAAGGACACCAACAAGCCCCAGGCCAGGUUCUCGACCUUGGAGUUCGAGAAGUCCGCCGAAGGCUGCGGCGAGUGCGGGGAGAGGUCCUGUGGCAAAGGCCUGUGCAGCGCCUCCACGUUCUAUGACCAGAGCUUCGAUGGCGGCUGGGGUGCGAGGUGGACGUCGCUGAUGGCCAACCAGUUUGAUAUGGAGGUGCCUGAGAGCAAGGUGGCGUGUGCCUGCGAUGAAGGAGUAGAAGGUGAGUCGUGUGAGGCCGGCAUCUGUGCAGCGGUGGAAUGCAAUGAACCUUUUGGGGGCUCUUGCAACGAAAACACCGGUGCCUGCAGCUGCAUCAACGGCUACAAAGGGGACCACUGCGAGGUCGCUCCAAAGUUGGACAAGUUUGGCUGCUACGAUGAGCAUUUGCAGGUGUCGGAUCGAAUGACGGUGUCCACUGUGUGCCUGCCCGAGCUCAUUGCCGGCCCGGUGCGUCAUGGCCACAUCUUCCGCGGUCCCUCUCCCAUGAGUGCGGUGUCGGACAAAGUUCGGCCGGACACCGUCUACUUCUCCUGGACGGCGGAUGUCAAGUACGGCAAGGCCGGUGCCAACGGCACGGAGGGCCGCGUCUACGUCAGCAAGCUAAAGAUUCCGCGGGGGCAAGCGCCGACCCUGGAGAAGAGCCAUGUCUUCGAUGGCUUCGUCCGUGCCGGUGGCAUUGACAUGACCGAGGAUGGUGUGGUUGGGGCGUUGUGCAUAAAAUAUUGGCACCCGUGGGUGGAGCACACCAACAGCCAUUUGGACAAGGCGGCGAUGAUCGUGGCGGUGUGCGAGGUGAACAGCACUUCCAUGGAGGAGCACCGACUGCCAUGGCAGAUCGGCAAGCAGUAUCAGGAGACGGUCACAGCUCCAAACACGGGGAUUUGGGGGAGUUUCCCCCUCUCGGCCUGGUGGGCACAGCGGUCGGCAGGCUACGGCUACCUGCUGUAUGCGCCGUCGCAGCGUAUGUGGACUGCCUGGUAUGGGGCCACCGUGGAUCACCACACAGGCUAUGCCAUGCACACCUACCAUCGGGAUGCGCCGGGGAUCAGCGACUCAGAGUAUGCGAAGUACAAGUACCCCGUUCCGCGCGACCUUGUGGAGCCCCGUGUGGAAGCGAAUGGCGAAUGGCGGGACCACCACCGCACGGGCACAGGCGAUCAUCAGAAGUCAGCAGCUUGGUGUUACCACCCAAUCCUCAAGGACAUUGGCCUCUACAAGCAUACUUACGGCGCGGCAAAGAUGCAGCAGUAUGGCUUGGCAGAAGAACCCAAUUAUACGAAGCCGGCUGGUGCAUUCAAGUAUGUGGGGCACUCUGGUGGAAUGAGGUUGGAAUAUCCACCCCCUGCCUAUGAGUAUGGCUACGGUGACGAGGACCAGGACAAAGCCCUGCAAGCCAAUGCCAUCAGGCCGUGUGGCGAGGACUGGAUCCUUGGUUUCCCUUCGACCCAGGGGAACGUCUGUGCCAAAGUCACCCGCCUCGGUGAGAUCACAGAGUGGAAGGUCAUUGAGCCCUCUAUUGGAUGCAUGCCCUGCGGCUCCAAUGGUGGCUGCUGUGGCGAUGGCGCCAAGGGUCGCAUGGUGCGCAUCGCGCCGCUGGGCGCCCCCGAGCAUGAGGCACGUUGCGGCCCAGACGCCCGCUUCCUCUACGGCUUCGAAAAGCAAGAUCGCACACGGUGGCUGGUGGAGCUAGAUGGGGACUGCAAUGAGGUGACGGACAGGAUGGACGUGACGGCCCACACCCACUGGCCGUUGUACCAAGACUGGACCACCACCACGGACGGUGCAGUCGUCUGGGUAACCACGUGGCUCCCCGAUGAGGUCGGGGAACAUGGUCCAAAGGGAAGCCCCAAUGGCGUGUGGCCGUACAGUAGCAAACCUGAGCACCCCGAAGAGGAGUACAUGUAUGGCUUGACACCUCGGGCCGUUAAUGGUGCGAAAGUCACUGUCUACUACCCCUCCCCGCUGGUAUCCGUGAGCACGACUACAACAACCAUGGUGUCCACGACAACCACGACAACAACCUCUGUUGUCUCCUCCACCUCCACCACCUCCACCACCUCCACCACCACCACCACCACCACCACCACCACCACCACCACCAUGCGACCCGCAUCAACUACGGCAAAGCCGGUCUCAGGCUUUCAGCCUGCAUCUGGGGGCACCGGGCAGGCGUGCCGCGGAGCUCACGGCAACGACAACAACCCAAACUACUACACGGCAAUCACUGCAGCUGUGCCAUCCGAGGAGGCAUGCAAGUAUGCAUGCAUGGCAGAGCCCCUCUGCAGCGGCAUCGAGUAUUCGCUUGGGCGAUGCGAGGUGUGGACUCGGCCAGGUGGGAUCCGAGCCACGAUGCCGCUUCAGGGCUUUAGCUGCUACCGCUUCGAGCCUCCGGGGGCAGAGGCUUUCCAGCCUGUGGAUGGCGGUGCUGGGCGUGCCUGCCGCGGGGCCACUCCUGGCGACAACUCUGACUCCUAUAUGACAGUCCUUGUUAUCAACAGCCUGUUCGAGUGCAAGGCUGCUUGCUUGAAUGACCCGGCAUGCAAGGGCCUCGAGUUCAGCGCGGGCCGCUGCGAGGUGUGGACGCGGCAGGCGGGCAUCCAGGCUUCCGCUGAGGUCCCGGGCUUCACUUGCCUUGCGCUGCCCUUCAACACCAGCGGCUUCGAGCUUGUGGAAGGCGAGGGCAAAGCCUGCCGCGGAGAGAGCCCCACCGAUAACUCGCCGGCCUACUACGAGGUUAUUCCGGACCAAGGACAGUCUUUAGAGGCUUGCAUGCAGACCUGCGUCCUCCACCCUGGCUGCAAGGGCAUCGAGUACUCCCUGGGCCGCUGUGAAGUGUGGACCCGCGCCGGUGGCAUAGCCGCCACCUGGCCUCUCCCGGGCUUCACCUGCAUGCGCUACGCACCCCCGCCACCUCCGGCGGCGCUCCUCUCAGCGCAGCCAGGGAAGAAGCCUAGCCGCAAGCAGCGCUUCCUGGGUCCAUCCUUCGUGCAGACGCGCUCCGCAGCGGCCAAAGAAGCCCCCCAGGCGGAGCUGUCCCUGGAGUCCCUGGAGGGAUCGGAGGAGCUCGAACUCUGA